UUAUCGUAUAAGAUGAAUGGCAAAUUUGUCGACAUUUCUCGUAUGGAAACGAGUCUAGGUGGCGAAUUUCUAGAAGCAGAACAGAGAACACAAACUAACUAUGGCAACAGUUCGAUAACAUUUACCGAUGAUAACCGUUCAACAAUUAGUGAAACCGCAUACAAAACAGCACCAACUGUAUUCAAAAAAAUAUGCCAAUAUAGUUACAUUCCGUCAUUUUUUCUAUACUACAUCGGGUUAAUCAUAUUGGUUGUAUCCAUUGCUGCGGACAGCUGGAGAUAUAAUCGAAUUGAAUACUCUAUAGGUGACGUUAAGGGUCUUAGCAGUACCAUGUUAGGUGGUUUCUCUAUGAGACGAGUUGACCGUGCAGUAAAGGAAGGAGUAACACGAGUUUUCGAAACCAGAUAUGGUUACAGGGAUAUACUUGAAAACAAGUACUGUAACGUUCAUACACCUACACCGAAGGAUCCGAAAUAUCAAUAUCACCCAGAAAUUUGGAGACAGAUUGACGAUGUUGGUCUAUUAGAUGUAGACAAACAUCCCAUGUUCUUCUAUAACCACGGUCGUCCAAUUUAUGAUGUCAUGUGCUCUGGAAUAAGAGUGCUAGAAUGGGUAAAUGGUAAUACAUUCAUAUCUGUAGCCGUUGCUGGUGUACUAUUUGUUCUUCAGUUUGGCAUUGCAAUAUCACGUAACAUUUAUAACAAGACAGCGGAAAACUCAUCGGUUUACUGGUGGUAUGAAAGUAUAUUUAGUUUUCUUUGGGCUACAUCAGGAAUAAUUGGAAUAUACGUAUUGUUCUACUACGCCUUAGCGGAGAAUUUCGAUUUCUGUGUUGAUAAAUUCGGGGAAAUAUUCAAUUGUCCACUUGGUGGUAGUUACUAUUUGUUCAUGGUGUUUACCAUAUGCAACAUUUUAUCUUACGCAUUUUAUAUUUUGUAUGGAAUCAGUUUGCGCAACGGUGUUCAGCAUGAGCCAGUAUCAAUGGAUCACUACUACCGAUACAGAAACAAUUUGAGCAGUAGAAAUGAAAAGCGUGGCAUUGAGGCAACUGAUGUAUCAAGUCAAUUGCAUGGUAGAACGGCGCAAAGUGAAGUUUAGUAA